UCGGCUCAUUUCGACGUUAGAGUCGAACGGUGGUACAUAACUCGACAGCUGAUCUCUCGGAGUGUUGGUGGUGCGUCUUUUAGAUCGGCCUCUCCUUGCGUCCCUUUUUUUCUCUCUUUCUUUUUCUUUCUUUCUCUCUUUCUCUCUCUCUCUUUUUCUCUUUCUCUUUCUCUUUCUAUCUCUCUCUCUCUCUCUCUCUCUCUCUCUCUCUCUCUCUCUCGUUUUUUCUCUAUUUCUUAUCCCUGAUUAUUAAACUCUACCAUCAUAAACAAUCUUGCGUCAAAAUAUUAAGUGUGCUUCCUGUGUACUUGAACCAAUAAGCCCACGCAAGCCCGGUGUGGGGCUUUUAUUUUUUAUCUGGGUGCUUAAAAAAAAAAAGAAAGAAAUAAGAGAUUAAGAAAGGAAAAAAAAAAGGAAAAGAAACAAAAAAAAAAGAAAAAAAAAAAAAGCAGAAGAAGAGGAUUAGAAAAGUGGGCGAAAAAAGAGUGUCAUGAAUCGUGGGGUGCGUUAUCGGUAACGGAGAAACAAAAGGAUCUUUUGUUAAGAAGGCAUCCACGAUCACUAUAGUGAUAGUUCGAAUUUAAGUGUACCUUCGAGAAUCGCUGCUUUGUCCGUUUCUUCUUUUUUUCUUCUCUCUUUUUUUUUUUCUUUUUUUUUUUCCUUUUCUGUUCCCUUCUUUUUUUCUUUUUUUUUUUUGUUUGUUCUUUUUUUUCUCGUUUGUUUGUUUGUUUGUUUGUUCCGUGAGAAAGAAGAAAAUAAAAUAAAUAAAUAACGGGAGGAUUUCUACUGCGUCGAUAGGGAAUUAUCCAAAUAAAAAGGAACAACCCGAGGAUGCUUCGAGUUUUCUUCAGUGGGUUAUGAAUUCGGAUAUAAGGGAGAAACACCAAACCCAUCAGCAUCAGCUCGUCGUUCUAAGAAGCAUCGGAUUAUGGCAGAUUUGAAGAAUCUCAGUUUGAGUGGGGGAGGUGGAUCGAGAUAUAAUGGCGACGAGCAGGUACAAUUUAUUGCCGGUGGAAGUCAUCAAGUGACAAUCAGAUCACCACCGCCAUCUUUACAUUUGGAAAACCUCAAUAAUGCGGUCCUAGGAGGCUCACAGAACAAUCUUCAGUGCAGUUGCAAUGGUGUCACGUCAAACGGGUCCGCAGGCACAGCUUGUACGGGAGGAGUGCUUGCAAGGAAAGUUCCAAAUCAUAGCGGCGCCAGUCCUGGGCAAGGAAACAAAAGGCCGGCUGUUUCACUGACGCAUCUACCAAAAAGGCCACCGGUCGACAUCGAGUUUAAAAAUCUCGCCUACAGCGUUUCCGAGGGCAGAAAACGAGGUUACAAGACGAUCUUAAAAUGUGUAAACGGAAAAUUCAGAUCCGGCGAAUUGACGGCCAUAAUGGGUCCUUCGGGUGCCGGAAAAAGUACUCUGAUGAACGUUUUGGCUGGUUACAAAACGUCUCAUCUGAGCGGAUCGGUAUUAAUAAAUGGAAAGGAUAGAAAUCUUCGAAGAUUUCGGAAGAUGUCCUGUUAUAUUAUGCAGGAUGAUCGAUUGCUUCCACAUUUGACUGUUCACGAGGCCAUGACAGUGUCUGCGAAUUUAAAAUUAGGCAAAGAUAUUAGUGCAACGGCAAAAAAAGUUGUGAUCGAAGAAAUUAUCGAGACUCUUGGAUUAAGCGACGCCAGCAAUACUCAAACUCAUAAUCUUAGUGGCGGACAAAGAAAGAGACUGUCAAUUGCUUUGGAGCUCGUCAAUAACCCUCCGGUUAUGUUCUUUGACGAGCCCACUUCUGGCUUAGACAGCUCCUCCUGCUUCCAAUGUUUGAAUCUACUCAAAUCCUUGAGUCGAGGAGGAAGAACUAUCAUAUGCACGAUACAUCAGCCUAGUGCAAGGUUAUUCGAGAUGUUCGAUCAUUUGUAUUUACUAGCUGAAGGGCAAUGUAUAUAUCAAGGCAAUGUAGGCGGUCUCGUACCAUUUUUAUCAUCGAUGGGUCUCGAUUGUCCAAGUUAUCACAAUCCUGCAGAUUACGUUAUGGAAGUUGCAUGCGGGGAACACGGUGAAUGCGUUCACAAAUUGGUAAUGGCUGUGAAUAAUGGCAAAUGCAACAAUUAUCAACAUCAUCAAGCUGCGAUAGCGGCAAGUCAAACGGUUUCGAAUGAUAUUGCUAAGCAAUCACCUACUCAAGAACAAACCAAACCAGAAGCUGGUAGCUUGAUACCAAAUGGUGUUGCAAAACCAGCUGCCGAUGGUACGGUCAUCAAUAUGCCAAUUUCUUGCACAACUUCUUUGCUCGACAGUGCCGAAAGUAUAGAGCAAAAAGUUGGCUUCCCGACCAAUGGAUGGGUGCAGUUUUGGAUUCUCCUUAAGAGAACCUUCCUUUCGCAAUUAAGAGACAUGACAUUAACGAGAACAAGGCUGAUUUCUCACAUAAUCGUUGGUUUUCUCAUCGGUGCUAUUUAUUAUGACAUCGGUAACGAGGCCUCGAAAGUUAUGAGUAAUGCCGGAUGCGUCUUUUUCACGGUGAUGUUUCUUAUGUUCACUGCUAUGAUGCCUACCAUACUCACAUUUCCCACAGAGAUGGCAGUGUUCGUGAGAGAACAUUUAAAUUAUUGGUACUCAUUAAAAGCUUUCUACUUUGCUAGAACCCUAGCCGACUUGCCCUUUCAGAUAAUCUAUUCCAUAGCUUAUGUUAUGAUAGUCUACUUUAUGACUUCGCAACCAUUGGAGACUGAAAGGUUUCUCAUGUAUCUAAAUAUAUGCGUAUUAACAUCAUUGGUAUCACAAUCCAUCGGUUUGUUAAUAGGUGCUGCAAUGAGCGUCGAGAGUGGGGUUUUUAUCGGUCCUGUAUCAUCGGUUCCGAUCGUCCUAUUCUCCGGUUUCUUCGUUAACUUUAACGCGAUACCAUCAUAUCUAAGGUUCCUUUCUUAUGUGAGUUACGUCAGAUAUGGCUUCGAAGGUGCCAUGAUAUCAGUUUAUGGCUACAAUCGUGCUAAGCUAAAGUGUUCCGAUGCAUACUGCCAUUUCAAGAGCCCGACAAAAUUUCUAGAGGAGAUGUCGAUGGAGAACACCGUUUAUUGGGUAGACGUUGUAGCCCUUGUUGGCUUCUUACUCGGUCUAAGAGUCGUCGCCUAUUUCGUCUUAAGGCUGAAACUUCGAUCUCUUCGUUGAAAUCGAUUAGACGACGUCGAUGCUCCGAUGGCAGACAAUAACAUGAAAGAACAAAGAAAAUAAAAAGAGAAAGGGAGAAAGAGAAACGAAAGCACGAACAUAUUCAAAGGGGAUGAUUCUUCGUGGCCCAAGAAAACUUUGCCUGACUUUUUUCAGAAAGAGAAAAGAAAAAGAAAAAAAAAAGUAAAAGUAAAAGUAAAAAAAAAAAAAAAAAAAGAAAACAAAACAAAUACAAGAAAAAAAAAAGAAGAAGUAAGCUCCUUCGACGCGUUUUUACUUCCACGGAGAAGAGCUUCGAUCGAGACUGGAUCGGAUUUUCCAAUGCCAGACACUUUUUUGACAUAAGCUAUCCAAUGAUAUUGUCAUUAGCAUUUUUAUAAUAAGAGAAAGAGAUCUCCCACAAUGUUUCUGACGUUGGAAAAUGAAUUAUGGAAGUAAGCGAUAAAAGAGAGAGAGAGAGAGAGAGAGAGAGAGAGAGAGAGAGAGCGAGAGAGAGAGAGAGAGAAAAAUAAAAAAAGGAAACCACCGUUCGCGCUCUGUUAAUAUGACAUACAUGUACACACAUACUGUGUUGUUUCCUUGUGCUUUUGAUAUUAAUCCGACUUUUAUAAUUUGACUUUCUAGAAAUCGGUAAAAUUGUACAUGUAACAGACUCUUAUUAUACACACUUAUUGAAUACAUUGACACAAAAAUACAGACAGGUAAAUAGACAGACAGACAGACAGACAGACAGAUAGACAGACAGACAGACAGAGAAGAAGAAUAGAAGGAAAUCGUAAUUUCGACUAUUAGCGAAAUUUAGCAGCUAUAGAAUUCAUGGGCAGGACAAUUAAAGUACGAAGCCUAAUUAAGAUUUCAUCGAAUUAUUAUGGAACUAUCAGAGAAAGAGAGAAAAAGAAAGAAAAAGACAGGGGUAGAGGGGGAGAAAGAAAAAAGAGAGAGAAAGAGAAAAAGCCGAUUAUUACUACCAAUAAAAUAUAACCGAAGAGAACAAGAAGACGAAUCAUAAAUUGCGCGUAGAAUUACUUAGAUAUUUCUAUAAAGAAUGAUUGUAGAAAGUGCGCAUUAGUUAGGCUAUUUUAAUGAAUCCCGUAAUAUAAUUAUAUCCAAAAAUAUGCGGACUUGCAAUAUAUUCCAAAAAAAUCGGCCAGCGUUCGAUCGAAGAGUCAAGAAAGUGAGAGAAAGACAAUGUUCAUAGCCAAUUACUACUAACUCGCCAGGAGCCUUAGGCCCAUUUAAGACUCGUUUCCCUCCAACGAUCGCGCGUCUAUCGUAAUUAAAUAAACGAGACGAAGGAAUGUUUAGAUCGUUUCGUUAAUUAAGUAGAUUAUAUGUAGUUGCAUAUAUAUAUAUAUAUAUAUACACACACAUAUAUAUAUAUAUUUAACGGAUCAAAACUUAGAAAAGAAAACGAGUCUUUUAUUAUUCUCAUAUUUACGCGACGACGUCGUGUGUCUCUAAAGGUGUAGCGAAUAAUUACGAUGAAUUAAUUAAGUACGUAUAUACCUAAUUGAAAAAUGUAUAAAGAUGAAGAAAAAGAAGAAAAGGAUGCAGAAGAUGAGGUAAAUAAUGAUGAUGAUGAUAAUGAUGAUGAUGAUGAUGAUGAUGAUGAUGAUGAUGAAGAAGAAGAAGAAGAAAAAGAAGAAAACGAAGGUAAAGGUGAAAUGAUAAAUUAUAAAGAAAGAAAAAAAUAAAAAAUAAAGAAACGUAAAGAGUUAAAAGAUCUACACGUAAGGAGACUCCGACGACGCAUUUAUAUUCGGCACAAUUUCAUAUACAUACCAUAUGUAUAAAAAUGUCCGUAAGGAUGUAUUCUCUCGAUUCAUAUCGUGUAAUUUCAUUAAGAAAAUAAAAAACAAACAAAUGCAUUAUAUAUACAUAUAUAAUGCAUACAUAAAUGUACACGUAAGUACAUACAUCUUUACACACACACACACACACACACACACAUACACAGACACGCGAGUUUACUUAAAUAUUUGUAAUACGCAAGGAAAGUCGAAUAUAAAUUGGAACGUGCUGUUUAUUGUAAGAAGAUCGAAAAAAAAGAAAAAGCAAAAAAAAAAAAAAAAGAAAGAAGAAGGAGGAAAAAAAAAGGAAAACUAUAAAGAAACGAGAGAAAAAUAGGAGAAGCUCACACUUGACCAAUCACUAGCUGCCUGAGCGUUUGCUUCUUAAUAAGUGCGCGAGUGCUAGCGUAAACAAGUUGCUACGAUUAAAAAUAAUUAAUUCGAAGAAUCAUCAAGGAAGAAGAUAUCCAAUGAUCAUUGCACGUACGACGAUGACGAAGACGUUGACGAAUACGAUAAUGAUGAUGAUGAUGAUGACGAUGACGAUGACUACGAUGAUGAUGAUGAUCAUGAUCAUGAUCAUGAUCAUGACGUAUGUGCUGAUGAAAACGCGCGUAUAUUUUCUUUGCGAGCAUAUGUUCAAAUGAGAUAAAUGCAUCCUCGGUUAUAUUGCAUCUUCUUUUAUAUUUCUCUCCUAUAUUUUUUUCUUUUUCUCUUCUUUCUAUUCUUCUUUUUCAUUUUCUUUUUCUUUUUUUUUUGUUUUCUUUUUUUUUUUUUUUUUUGCAUUUUCAUUUCUCUCUUAAUCUAAUGAUAUUCGCCUUGACGAUUCUUUUACGCGGCCUAUAUUUGGGCGAUGAAAAAUAAGAAAAAGAAGACAAAGACGAACGACGAGUUACUCCUGUUUCCCUCUUCGUCUUUUUCUUCGUCUAUCUCUUUUUUAUACGUAUAACAAAAUAAGUAAUAAUGAAAACCAGUCAAUAAACGAGCGAGCAAUUAAUGAUUUCUCUUAGGAGAUAAGGAGAAAGAGAGAAAAGGAAGGAGAGAGAGAGAGAGAGAGAGAGAGAGAGAGAGAGAGAGAGAGAGAGAAAGAAAGAAAGAAAGAAAGAAAGAAAGAGAAAGCUUUUUAUUGAGAUUCGGAUUCAUCGAUCUUUCUCGCUAUAUAUUCCGAUAAACACAAUAAACACAAGAAAAGCAUA